AUGAGAAGCAUUGGAUUGCCAACAGCACUAGUGCCGCAUGAGCCUUCACGAUGUGGAGUGAGUCGAGUUGUCACGUUGAUGGUGACCAUCUACACACUCAUUGAAACUUCUCUGGGUCUGGCAUGGAGGGAUCGACAGGUAAAGAACAGCUGCGAAAAUAAAACACAUUUAGACAAAAGACUGGAUUUUCGCACCAAAACUACUUUAGUUAGCUGACUCGAUUUUGAUACUUCAACUGAUCCUUUAAGGCUGUUCAAUACCGUAACAUGUGGGGGAAACAUUAUGUGAUCCCUUUGUACUGCACACAAUUUCACAUAUUCUAAUUGCAGUGUCCCCAGGACUUUAGGAUUUAUUGAUAGUAGAUACGACGCUGUGAGACCAGCUCUACAAUUUCAUUGCAGGAUAUAAAUUAUUUAGGGGUUCAGCCCCUUUCCCAUCCUCCAUCCUUGCACAUGUGAUAUAAGAGAAUCCCUUACACAUGAUAUAGCAGAAUUUAGUUACAGAUACCAGCAAUGUUAGCACCGCUUACCUCUUUAAAUUAACCCUUUCGGUGCCAAACAUAAGGGAAGGAUUUUAAACUGUCUUUGUGUCAAACAUACACCUCUCUAAGAUGGCAAAGGAGUAAGAAAUAAAGUUUGCAUUACCAGAUGAGGAUAUCCAACAUUCUUAGUGCUGGCUAAAUUUGCUGUGCCAUAUUUAUGUAUUUAUUUAAUAUUUCUUAUCCAAUAAUGCAUCCUGCACUGUGAUUGUGCACACUUACAAUCUUACCAAUUCUGAACCAGUUGUGGUUUUUUUUUUUUUUUUAUCUAUUCAGUGAAAACUCUUUCUUUUAUUUUCUUUUUUAAGGAAGAAUACACCCACCAGGUGAACAACUGCCAGUAAAAAGCCAAUUCAGGACAAUUUUGUAAUCACAAAAGAAAAACGGAUUGACCCGAGGGCAAAUCAGCAUAAAAUUGUCCCUACUACAAUUCAGUCGUUGUUGAUCUAAUUACUGCAAGCUCUUUAACAAAAAAGAAACCAAAUUAAAACUGCUCAUUGUGCUGGGUAUAUUUAGCAUUCAGUUAAAAGAUUAAUUAGAAUUGAAUUUUACUAGAGGACAAUUUAAUGCUGAUUUGCACUAAAUGGAUCCUUUUUUCUUUUUCUUUGAAAUUCAAUUUGAAUUCCCCACAAUUCACACUUUAAGGGGUGGAAAAAAACCUAAUUGUUGAAUAGUAAAUAACCCUUUUUAUAUCUUUCUAAUGCUUUGGUGUCCUAGUUUCAGCUUAGGUUAGGAUCACUCCCCCAUGUUUUCAGUAAAAACCUUUUUCUUUUCUCUAGCGCCAAAACUCCUUCUGGGCUGCAGUUUGCGCGACAACCCGUGAUGUAUUUUAAUCCAAUGCUCCCCGAAGAGGGCGUGCAUCCAAAUGCUUUUCAUUGCAAAGCAUUGACUUUAAGUCUUUCCUAUGAUCUGCAAUCAUGGGUUGUAGAGGAAGCGCCUAUAGUGGCAGCCUGGGAGACAGCCACUAGAUGUGUGUUAAAUCCUGCGUUGUAAACAUGCAGGGUCAACACUACAGGACCACUACACCCAGACCACUUUAUUGAGCUGAAAUAGUGUGGGUGACUUUAGUGGUCCUGUAAGAGGGCCAACACACUUUCAUUUGUUCUCUCCAUGGUUGUGAUGGUAGAAAGAUAUAUAAAGACCUUGGUCAACACAGUUCUAUUCUAUGAUGGCUUUACCAAUAACUUCCUUAAUACAUGGUUUCUCCGUUUUUGUCCAUAUGGUUAUGUCUACUGUGUAUAUUUUUGUUCUGCAUACCUCCUGGGGUAGUCGGGACUGAGUAGAUGGGCCCUGGGGAAGCAUCGCCAGUAAUGCGAUUUACGUCCUUAAUGGGCAGGUACACACGGAAAAGCAGCCUGCCGACCAUUAACAAGCUGCCUGGCCGGCACCCAUCCUUCAGUACCAUGCAGGGAGAGCUAAUACUCAUUCCUGGGCUGCCAUACAGUCUCAAAGGCAAUAUAGGCCCAGCAAACCAAUCUGGCAAAUUUCAGUGUGUAAAAGCUGAAAUGGGCAAGCUCUUUAUAGUCAAAUUCCAGGUUUUGUUUUGGUCAGAGCCUGUAUAAUUGCCUCCGUCCUUAACGGGUUAAAAGGCAAGAACAAUUAAAAUGAAUAAAUACAAUUAGUAUAUCCAUUCACAUUUUAAUUUAUUCACUGAAUUUUAGUAAACUUUAACACAAAUUGCAACAUUUACACUAAAAUAGCUGUAGCUGAAUGUGAGAAUUUCUCUAAAUUAGCUCUUUACAAAUACAUUUUGAAAUAUUGUUUUCAAUUCACUACAGUUUUGUCAAGAUUAGCCAUUAAAGUGUAAAUAUUUGAAAAUUCUAAAUGAAUUUAAAAUUUAGGCCAAAACAACUAAAUUCAAAGUCUUUUAUGUUUAGCUUUAUUGGCCGAAAUUUGGAAUUUCACACUUCAUACCUCUUAGAAAAAAUUUUUUUUUAUUUGUUACUAAACAUCAGUGAACUGGAUUCUGACGUGCAAACAUUAGAGAUUCUGACGUGCAAACAUUAGAGAAAACAUUAGAGAAAAGGUAAGUUGGAGAAUUACUCAGAAUAAACACUUUAUUAUGACUUAAGUUUGCAAAUGGAAUUUCAAUUCACUAAAGCAUGAUAUUUACUGAAUAAAUUCAACAUUGCAUACGUGUUAUGGCUACCAUUUAUUAUAACAGAGCUGAAUUUCGCUGCAAUGUAGGAGCCAGGACCACCGAAAGCACCAUCACUACUAAUUGUUCUAGUACCCUCCCAGAGUAAUUUGUAAACUGCUUAAAGGGACACUGUAUGCACCCAAAAACAGAAAUUUUGAUUCAGCUUGGCAGAAUUUUGCUACCGGGAAACUGAUUGCAGAAGCGAAUCAGAUGAACCAAAGCCACCAGAGGUGUUUCUGCGACGCUGGCUGCGAAAAUCGCAUUCAGCGUGCAGAACGUCCAUAGGAAAGCAUUGAGAAAUGCUUUCCUAUUGACUGUUUGAAUGCGCGCGGCUCUUGCUGACGUCGGGAGCUGACGUCGGCAUUGGAGGAGAGGUCACCAGCGCCGAAGGAGCCCAGCGCUGGAUUAAACUGAAGGGGUUUUAAACUGGUUCAUGAUAUGGGCAUCUUUUUACUCAGAGUAUGGAAAUGCAACUGAGUAUGCCAAAUUCUGACAAAUAGCAGUUUAAACUGGAACUAAUCUCCAAGUAUUUCAUUUAAACCCCCUUUACCCCAUUGUUCAGCAAUUAUUCACAGAUACUACACUAUAUGUAAACAAAUGUACACAAAUGUUCGCACACACACAAUCCUUCAUAUACAGUCAAAUACAUUAAUUUACAGACACAUGGUCAUUUACUAAGGUGAGAAUUUAAAGUGAAUUCAAAUCAAAUUUACAUUUACAUAACAAAAAGUUACUUGUGUUUUAAAUUUGGCCCCUCGGGCCUUACAUUUGAAAUUCAGUUUAAAUUCUAACUUCAGUGAUUAGCCUUCAGAGUUAGUUUUUUCAUUUCAAGAUUUGCUUUUAACUUUGUAAUCUGGUUUACAGCUCAUCGAUAAAUGAAUAAAGCUCAUAAUAUCUCACCUUUUGUCCUAGAUUCAAGUGUCCAACUGUAGUGCGGAUUAAUCUAGUUACGUUAAUUACAAUCUGGUAUCAAAGUACCAAAAUGUAGUACAGCUUAAUAUGUUUUUGCAUUGAAUCAGUUAGCCAUCCUGUUUAUAUUUCAUUGGUUUUUUUUUUUUUUAGUGGGUGCUAAAUCUGCAAAGGCCCAAUUAUUAAGUGAGUGGACUACAAUUCCCAUUAUGCUUGUUUGUCCACCAUCUAGGUCCAGUUUGAAAUAGCUAAUUAAUUAGUCAAAUAUUAUCGUUUAUCUUUAGCGAAUAAUAUUUAUCGCUCUAUGAAACUUCUGAAGUCUGCAUUAUGAGUAUUUUGUUGGUCAUUAAAUAUAGUUGUAUUACGUUUCAGCUUGUUUGAUAAAACAAAAUAACCCUUAUGAUUGUUCAGUCUGUAAAAAAUAUUUUCCUUUUUAGCCCCUAACCUCCCCUCCCUACCCCCUCCCCCCCAAAUCAGUGCAUUAUAUUUCAUCAUUUACAAGGAGAGGUCAUAUAAAAAUACACUAUAAACAGAUAUAAAAUGUGUUCCGAUGAUGUGUUUGCUUGUGUUCACUGCGAGACAGAAUCCUUUUGAUUAUUUUUUUUUUAUACAUUUGUCCAAUGUGGACAUAUUUAUCCUUAAUCUUGUCUUGGCCAAGUCAUUGUUCAUUAAUUAGGAACUGAUUCCUUCUCUUUUCAAAACAUUAAAAUCCCUUUAUUUAUUUACUAAUUCCUCUACUUUCUGACUAUUUUAACCCCCCCCCCAACUCCAAAUAAAAAUAAUAAUUGUGUUUUACAAUAGAAAGCAGUAUAUUAUAUUUCAUAAUUUACAAAGAAAGGCCAUGUCAAAUACACUAUAAACAGUUAUUAAAUGUGUUCCAGUGAUAUAUUUGCUUUUAUAUUCCUUGGCUCUUACUGGUGGUAAUCUAUUACACUAUUCCAUUUUGGGGCAGAAUCCUUUCUAUUAUGUUUUUAUAAAUAGAUUGUGUCCAGUGUGGACAUGGUUAUCCAUAAUCUUAUCUUGGCCAAGCCAUUGUUAGGCACUGAAUCCUUCCCCUUUAAUAACAUUCAAAUUCCUAUAGCUCAACUUUUUGGCCACCUCUGUUGUUAUGAUAAGGACAGGAACUGGUGGAUCAAGGAGCGCCCUCUUGCGACCAAUCACGUAAGUGCUGACCAUCCAGAGGGAGUGGUUUUGUCCCUAUUGAUGGUCUGAGAGGCGAUAUAAUGCGAGGAAUCCAGGAGACAGCAGAACGUUCAGCAUCAGUACAGAUCAGUACAGUCAGUGCAUCCUGCUACAGUUACAGACUCAGGAAAACAGGGAGACCUUCCGCAGCGUUCCACUCCCACCUGAUACAUUGUAACCCGCUCUAUCCACCGAUUCUCCCCCAAGACUUCCCAAUGCAGGCUGGAACUACAACAUCGCUCAGACUCGCUGCCUCUUGGUAAAUCCCGAUGCACACGGGAGAAAUCGCUCCUGCUGCCGCUCCCAGUGUGAUGGUUUUUAGGAGACCCAGGGCAUUACAGUUACAAUGGGAAAUAAACAAACAAUUUUUACAGAUGAACAGCUAGAUGCCUAUCAGGUAAGGAGCCAGCAGUAUACUAUCAGUGACUGUACAUGGCCUUAUUAGGGAUCCCGUGCAAUGCUUUGACUACUUACAUAUAGUGGUACAAAUAUUAUAUUAUAUAACAUCUAUACACAUACAUGAUCAUUCAACAUCAGUGUGUAUGUAUUCAUUCAUAUAUGUAUUUUCUUUUUCUAUGAGUAUAUGUGAAUUUAAAUGCAACACACACUUACAUGUACACAGACAGAGACAUUUAAAUCUAGCUACAAUUGCUUGCAUCAAACUACAUAGGUACAUACACUAAAAUUCUCAUUAUAUCCCAUAAUUAUUCAAAGUUAUAGAGGACAUGUGUCCUUUUGUUCAUGUGUUUAGAUAUGAAUGUCCAUAGAUUGCUACAUGCAGAAUGUGGAUAGUUGAUUAGAUACACUUAUCUACAUAGGGGUAAGUUACACAAGGGAUGGGGGUGGGUUUAUAUAAUUGGCUGAUUGUACCCAAACUCCUACCAGAUAUAAAGUAAGUCCAUUAAAUUGCAACAGUGACAGGAAAUUAUACUCUAGCUCAGUGACACAAUCUCUGCUCAUUAAUUCUUUUUUAAUGAUCUGCCCAAGCUAUAAUGUAAAUGACUCUUUGUGGUUGUGGUGACAGAGAGGUUAGAGAGUGGGCCUAGUGCCAGGUGAUGUGAUCUAGGGACAGGUGCUGUGGGUAGCAAGACAUUGAUAUUGCUGCUAUGGCUGGGGGAUGGAGGCCAGGGAUGUGUGCUGGAGGGACAUGAGUGGGGGUUGGAGCUUUGAGAUCAAAGCUGUGAUUCAGGCAUGGCUGCAGUUAAUAAUCAUUUUUCUGGUUAAGGUUAGUGGAUGGCUCUUCUCGGAAAGCAGGGAUGGAUGCUAUGUGGUGCUGUAGUCCAGGGAAGGUCACUGUUUGGAUAUGGGUUGCAGAGUGGAUGUUAAAUAUAUAGGAGAAAGUGAAUUCUUUGCAGUAGAACUAAACUCAUGGCAUUAGGUUUUAUUGUCUGAUCUAGCCGAUUACAGGCAAGGCAUUGUAGGAAUAUUUCAUGUUGACAAGGAUGAUUGGGUAGGCCAGAAGUACUUGCUGUUAUUUAGGACUUAGUUUAGGAAGGAUGGAGAGGUUGUUGGUACAUAGAUUCAAUGAAUUGUUCUGCUAGUUAGAAGUUGAGGAGUUGGGUGCAGAGACCUAGACAGUGGGGUUGGUAAGGGAUGAUCUAAGGACAAGGUAGGGGUUGAAUAAUUUUGUAAUAGGCCCGAGGUUGUGCUAAAGGGGAUUUAUUUAAAGGGACAUAUGGGAGCAAUGCUUAGGGAUAGUGGCUACUGUAACUGUUUGUGACGCUUUAUACAUAUUACUAACAUUUAUAUGUUUAGUUCAUAGCAAAUACAAGGCCUUUUUCUUCUUAUAGAACUUAUUUUCUAUAAGCAUUUACUCACUAAACACCAAAUCAAGUUGAAUGGGAAAAUUAAAUUGAAAAGAUAAAAUAGCAAGCUUUGACUAUAUUUGAAUUUUUAUUUAUAUAUACAAGCCAUUUUAGCCGGGUUUUGCGAUCCCAUUUUUACUACAAUUCAGUAUUUAUUGAAUAAGCCCCUUUAUGUUUGUUCAGGAUUUGUGUUUGUGUUAUGAUGAUACACAGGCAGUUCUUCCUGUUUUAAAUUGACCCCUUAAACGGAGCAUCAAUGCUUCUGCCAUCAUGGGAGCCUCAAAGCUUCCCAAAGGUUAAACUGUUUAGAAUAAAGCAUUUAUAAACCUGGGUUCUGAGGAAGCAGUUAAGAUUACUGAAUAACAUUGUAAUAAUCUGUGAAUUAGUCCAUUUCAGACUGUAAUGGCUCACAAUUAUUAACAUUAUCAUAGAAUUAGGCGAUAACGUGGGUUCUAAUUUAUAGUCUAAAAAGAAUUGCACAUAUGAACAAAUGCCUUAACAACACAGGAUGUAGCAAUCAUUAAAAUAAUAAAUAUUGUCACAUGCAUCUUGGCCAAAAUAUAUACAGACACAAACACAUCUAUGGCUAAAAUAUAAUAUGUGCAACUAUUUCCAAAAAAGCCCAAACCAAUCAGGACUUGACUGUAUUGCAGUGCAGUGCUACUUAUCUUACAUAAUUUGUGGCCACGUGGGCUGUCUCAGGAAACAUGCGUGAAUUCCUGGAGGUCCAGGGUAUCAAAUAGGAUCUGUCUCUGAGGUAGAUGGAGCGUGGAGCCUAAUUACUGAGAUGCAGUUAAUGCACAGGUCGCUGUGUGUCUGAGAAGUCAUUCUGCAUUGUCACGUACACAGUGCCACCCUAUCCUGGCUUCUAACACAGGCCUAAAUAAUUCAUUUUAAAGACGCCGGAGAAUAAUCCUGGAACUUUACACUGUACUAAAAUAUUCCCACAACCUUGAGAAGGGGCCCCCACCCCUUCAACCCUUGACUAACUAGCUCUUUAAAUAGGCCUACUCCUUAAUUCGUGACUGGAACUAUGUUUACUAUUUUCAAAAGAAAAACUAAUUUGCCACCUUUGUAGUUUUAAUAAAACUGAACACGAUAUUGUUAAUUAGUGCUUAUCAUGGUAGCUGAGGGAUUUGAUUUUCUAUUUAAAAGAUCAGUUUAAUCACCAUUGCAUCUUUGCAUGACUACCAAUGUGGUAGAGCAGUAAGUACCCUGCAUUCACUCUCCCUCCUGACAGUGGCUUCUAACUGCAGUAAUGUAUUCUAAUCUGUGCAGUUAGCAGGUUUCUCCCUGGCUGAGACACCGUAAGGAUAAAUGUUCAAUUUCUCCUUUGCUUUGUCAGUUAUAUCCACCUUGUGCUAUCUGUGAGGGCGAGUAGCUUGCUUUAUUUAUUUGCAUAUGCUAAAGUGGCAAUGGAGCCAUUUGUGUGCCCCUCCCCUUGUAAUUUAUUUAUUUAUAAAAUAUUUUACCAGGAAAGAUACAUUGAGAUUUCUCUCGUUUCCAAUUAUGCCCUGGGUCCACAAAACAUUGCAUUGUUACAAUAGCAUACAAUAUUAAAAAAAUUCAAUAUACAAAAUAUAUAUAUAUAUAUAUAUAUAUAUAUAUAUAUACACACACACAUAUAAAUUUAAUACAUAACAUGUAAUAAAUAUAUUCAACCAUGACAGGUGUAUUCUGUGCUGAGGUAUAUUGCCAUAGAUCUCUUAAAAGAUUUUAGAUUGAAUAAAGAUUUGACUGUGUCCCUGAGGUUAUUCCAUAAUUGCAGUGCUCUGUAGGAAAAGGAGGAUCGAGACACUUUAUUUUUGUAUUGCAGUAUGCUUAUUAUAUCGUGCUAGUACUGGGGCGGAGGUUAUAGGAGGUGGGAACAGCUGGGGUAGCAUUCUACUCAGGUAGGGUGGGAACGUCCCAUAAAUGCUCUUAUGCACAAGGCUGGAAAGAUGAAGAGUGUGUCGGAAUUCCAGUUUAGCUCUUUUAACAUGUCACAGUGGUGGGUAAAGUAAUUACAUUCUAGUACCAAGUGGCAGAAAAAAUUAUAUAACGUAUUAAGUUUAUUAAGGUGGAUUUGCGGUGCAAGUGCAUACACUGUGUUGCACUAUCUGUAAUGAUUUGACUUCUUAUCUAAGGUCUGACUGGCUCCAUUUCCUGUCUCCACUGCAUUUUUCUUCAGGCCCAAGUAAGAAGUCAAACCGUUACUAAAUGGUUUUGACUACUUACACUGUUGGGAUGCCAUGACACUCCCAGCACCAUAACCACUGCAGGGUGUUCUAGUGGUUAUGGUGCUUGGAGUGUUCACUUACCAUAGCAUACUCAUAGUUGAUUUGUCAACCACAAGAGGAGGCAAGUGAAGAACACAAGCAAUUUAAAUGUGUACUGGUACCGAUAUUUCUGAAAGCAGCCCUGCGCCUUUAAUUGGAGAUAUUAAAGGGAACAUGUAUCAAAUUAUUGUGUGGUAAAAAUAAUGCAAAGUUGAGUAAUCACCCGUGGAAUGUUCGAGGUGAUCUAUUGGUUUGGAUAAUUACUGCCCCUCUUUUAAAACUUUGUACCACUUUUCAUCAAUUAAUAUUUAAAUAAUAUAACUCCCCCUUGUCCUUGGAUGUAUUGGAUGAAUGGUAAAGAUUAAUAAUGAUGUACUUUGAAAAUAUUUCUAAUUCUGAUUGCUGCCUUGUAAAUAUGGGGUGAUGGUCAAGCACUCCUUGUUGAAUUGUCUAUCAAUAGGACUUUGGAAUGUUCUAGAAUCAGCUGCCUCUGAAGGAAAUACAGUUGGCUAAUCAAUCGAUCUACCUAUAGGUUGCACUCUAUGAAGAGAAUAACAAAUGUAUUGUUCCUUGGUAUUAUACAAAUUAAUGUUUCUAUCUUCUAAAUACUUGAAGAAGGCUUAUGGUAGGUUUCUGAAAAAAACCUGGAUAAAAUAUCAGUAUUAUGCCAGCAACGACUAAAAAAUCUAUUGCUUGUAAAAUUAAAGCCGUUUAAUUUAGCUAUGCAUUCCCCUCCAUUGUUAACUUCCUCAGGCAGAAAUAUUCAAAGGAUUUACUGUGGUGAAUAAGUACACACACAUGAUUACCCUCAUGAUAUCUGUGCGGAUUUGUCAUGGAUACAGUCAUGUGUACUUAUGACCUGUGCCAUGACACCUACCUUUCUGCCAAAGCAAUUAAUUACAAUGGUGUGCCCGAGGGGGGUCACAUUAUGAAUAAACUGACAAAAUAAUACCAGGUUUUCAUUUCUUUAUUUUGAUUCUGUAUGUACCCAAAUAUCCCCAAUUCUGUUUGGUUAUUCGGUAUGUGGUUGGAUCCUUCCUAUUUUUUUUUUUUUCGUGUGAUGGUACAGUAAAAGCUGGCCUUCAAACAAGUUAUAAACAAUAUAUUUUAAUCAGAAUUUAAUUUCAAUAGUAAUAGUGAUAGUAUGUGGUAAAUAAUGUCUGGCUGGUGUUUGUUUUGUUUUUUAACUGCAGUAGAUUAAUACAUAUUAUUAUAGUAUUUGACACUAGUCAUCAAGUUAUCAAAAAACUGUUUUUUUUUGUUAUCAAUAUAUCAUAGAAUAUGAUAUGACUAUAGAGUCUGAUCCAACAUGGCUGCUCAGCCAAAUUUAAAAAAAAAGUAAAAUUUUGUAAAAAAACAAAUAAAAUAAAAAUAAAAAAUCAAUAUACUUUUUGUAUAAAUAAAAAAAUAUCAUGGAAUUUUAUUAAAUGUAAGAACUGUUAAAAAAAAAACCAAAGUGACAAUUUCAUGAGAGUUGUCCUUUAAUGACACCAUUUUAAAUUUUUCUUUUGUUUUGUUUUUUUAGGAUUGUUCUUUCUUCACAAGGAAAGAAAUUCUUAGGUAAGUCAGCAUUCCAUUAACUUUUGAAACGGUUGUUUAUUCACAUAGAUUUGAUCCCUGGACGUGCAUGUUUCACAAUGUUAGUUGCAGCCUGCAGUAUGUAAACCUAACCCUAAACCAAUCACAAAAGAUCAAAUUGAUGUCCCUGAAAUGAAGAUAACGCCAUUCCGUAGUCAUCCUUUAGACCUUGACAUUACCAAUAAAUACCAUGUUAUUGAAAAUGAGGAGAUACAAACUUGCACAUCAUACAUUUUCCAUUAUAUAUUGCGAAGUCAGCUCAGGAUGUAUACUGUCAUCGCUAAAUGCAGAGCAUCAGUCACACUUGUUUAUGGCUUUACUGGGAAAAUUAAGUACUAUUUCAAGGGCAUGUUCUGCGAUUGGCAGACAGAUUGAUGGCAGGUAGCAAGUUGGAUGUCCUCCUAAGUAAAUAUUAGACAUAAGCUCUUCUUGUAGAUAAACAGCCCUGUUAGCAUGUUGCUUCAACAAUCUGUCUCCAUCACACGCCAUCUUCUUGGUUUAAUGAGACAUUUUUUAAGGAUAUAUUCACCAUCAUCUGACAGUCCCGUAACUGUUUGUGUGCAACAAAAAAAGCCACUGUAUCAUCAUCUGACGUGAUACGUAGAUUGUACUGCUUUUUAAUUUUAUGUGUGUCUGCCCACCAACUAGCCGUCUAUAUAGCCAUGUCUAUCAAGGAAGUAGUGUAGUGGAUAAGCAAUGUUAUCCCUUCUUCUGUGAGUUUAAAAUGAGCAUGACUUGGAAUAGGGAACUGGAAGCGUUGGGAAUAAAAAAGAAGGGUUCUGGGUGAUGUAGGGCAAUGCCUUAAUUAAUAAGCUAGGCCUUUAGGUUCCAUCUAAAAGUCGUAAGGUCUAACAUGGUACUGAUACAUUGAGGAAGGGUGUACCAGAAAUGUUCAUGUAAAACAGAACAUAUUAAAGGGACACUAUAGUCACCUGAACAACUUUAGCUUAAUGAAGCAGUUUUGAUGUAUAGAACAUGCCCCUGCAGCCUCACUGCUCAAUCCUCAGCCAUUUAGGAGUUAAAUCCCUUUGUUUAUGAACCCUAGUCACACCUCCCUGCAUGUGACUUGCACAGCCUUCCAUAAACACUUCCUGUAAAGAGAGCCCUAUUUAGGCUUUCUUUAUUGCAAGUUCUGUUUAAUUAAGAUUUUCUUAUCCCCUGCUAUGUUAAUAGCUUGCUAGACCAUGCAAGAGCCUCCUGUAUGUGAUUAAAGUUCAAUUUAGAGAUUGAGAUACAAUUAUUUAAGGUAAAUUACAUCUGUUUGAAAGUGAAACCAGUUUUUUUUUCAUGCAGGCUCUGUCAAUCAUAGCCAGGGGAGGUGUGGCUAGGGCUGCAUAAACAGAAACAAAGUGAUUUAACUCCUAAAUGACAGUGAAUUGAGCAGUGAAAUUGCAGGGGAAUGAUCUAUACACUAAAACUGCUUUAUUUAGCUAAAGUAAUUUAGGUGACUAUAGUGUUACUUUAACUUCAAGAUUCUAACGUUUGUUAAACUUAUUAAAAGAAAGUUUACAAAAGUAAUAAAAGCAGACUAAAUGUUAUAAUAUAUCUAUUGGUCCAUGUUUCCUUUACCUUUACCCACAUGUACACUCCGGUGUAUGAUACUUACUGACUUUAUGGCACGUCUCUGAAUUCCUGCUGUGAUCUAUAAUUUAUACAUUACAAUUGUUUGUUCUGUUUGCAGAUUGCAUGCGAGAUUUUAUGAGCUGGCUCCAAAUAUGGUACCUAUGGACUAUACAAAUGAUCCAGAUGUCAAACUGCCCAUGCAGUUAAUUAUUAAUAUGCCAGAGCUGAUGGUAAGUAUUAACUACUAGGUGUCAUCUCGUUUGCGUUACCCUCUUUGUCACACCAGUAAAAAGUUAAAAAUACUUUUUCUGGAGAAAUUACUUAACAAUAUUGUUAUUUUUAUUAGUGGUAGUAGUUUAAGCUUUUUAUUUUGUCAGGAAAAGAUACAUUAUUAUACCUGCUGGACAACAUUUUUUUUGUUAGUUGUCCAUUACAAUAAGUUGGAAAAAAGUUCUGUCAUCAAUGGAACGACCAAUACAUAGGAAAUAUCAACAAGGCUUACGUCUCCUAAUUUACUGUUGACUAAAUCAAUAUUUGGAUGGAAAAAUUAAUUUUACAUAGAUUCAUCUAUGGACUCCACUUACCUGCUUACCUGUAUAUUUGUUUCCUAUCGUUUAGAAAAUGAAUGCCUUUGAUUGAUUUUAAUGUUACAUAUUUACAUUAAAUCUUCACAAGUUUUGGAUAUAAAUCUUUGUCCAAUUUUUGGGUAUAGUUUCACUUACCAGUUAUGUUUUCAGGUUGUGCCCAUGUAUAUAAACCAAACCGUUCAUCAAUAGUUUUAGGAAUGCUCAGCUAAUUUAAAAAAUAAAAGCUUUUUCUGUAUAAAUAAAGCUAUGGAUUUAUAAAUGACCGUUGGUUAUUUUAAACCUUUUUUAAUCCUUGGUCGGAAAGCAUGAAAAGCAACUCCCGUUAUGGAUUGGGUUUGUAUGUUAAAUCCAAUAUAUAGAAUUAUUCAUGGUGAGCAAAUAACUAGCUAACUAAAGGGUAAAUGUAACUGCAGCAAAAAUGGGUUGGCCACAUUCGUUUUUUUUUCCCUUUCACGAAUGUCUGCUGACAAAGUAAAUGUAACCUUGCGAUACAUUGUUUAGCACUGUUUUAGCGAUUCUGUUUUUCAGCAAUGCUUCAAUUAAACAUAAAUAGCACUAAUAGUGAAAAUUACAAAGAUUAGCAAAAUGUUGGGCAAAAAUACUAGAACUCAUUUUAAUGACAUGUAAGGACUAUAGUAUAGUGGUGGGAAUCAUUUGCUAAGGAAAGUGUUACGUUGAAAGGGGUGUAUGAAAAGUUGUGGGUAAAAAGAUAGGGACGGUGUAGAUGCAAGUCGUAUCUGGAAUGUUCACAGUCUACAGAAUAUUCGGAAGGGCUGAGAAGGCUUAGGAGGGGUACAUAAAUCCUACAUCAACUUGGCAAAGGUUCUUGUCCCUGUUAUUCAAUGGCACAUUGUUUUUCAUAUUUGUAAGCGAUGGAUACAAUUCGAGGUUAUAUUGGGUUCACGUUCCCCCCCAGGCUUUUGGAUAAGCACAUGGGAAUAAAAUGUUCAAAAUGCUUUACUGUGCCUCAGGGUAGCUUGUUGUGUAAACAUAUUCCUGGCUUAUAUAUUUGGAUACACCCUAGCUGAUUCUUGCUCAUCCAGAAAUGCAUUUGCUUCAAUCCAGCUAACUGACUGGAUGCCUUUAAAAAGAUUUCCUGGGGGCAAACAUUCAGAGGCAGUUAGAAUAGUGGAUUGACACUUCCCAAGAUCUACCAACCACAAAAAAAAGAACUAACAUUUAUCAUCACCCUUACUGCCUGUAGUCAUCAAAAUGUAAAGCGCAUCUCAUAUACCGUAAUUAAGGGUAUAAUUUAAAAUUCAUGCUCACUUUAUUAAUCUUGAUUUUUGUCUAAUGUAGUGUUGUGCUUACAUCUAUAUAACCUUGUGCUGUUUGGUUGUUUGGUACCCCAGGACCAGGUUGAGUGGAGCUAUAUAGUGUGGGAUUGAAGCAUGAAGUGAGAAUGAAAUAUGCCUCUGCAUUCCACAGGGUGUCCUAUAUAAGUGCCUCCUAAACUUCUACGACAUAUAACAAAAAACAACCAACUCUUCUUUUCUUUUCAGGAAAAUCCUUUCAAGGAGAGAAUUGUGCAAGCCUUCUCAGAGGAUGGAGAAGGAAACCUCAGUUUCAACGACUUUGUUGACAUGUUGUCGGUGAUGAGUGAGAUGGCACCUCGGGAGCUCAAAGCAAUCUAUGCUUUCAAGAUCUACGGUAAUAUACUGAAAACCUGACAUGAAAGUUAGAUGGUUAAAAUCUGAGAUCUUUAUAGAACCCAGAGAUAACAAUGUGUCCAGAUAGGUCAAGGCCAUUAUUAUUUUCAAUCAGUUGACCUUGAUCAUGAGAGGUUCUCCGUUUAAUGUGUUUGUGAAUCAAUAAGGCAAAGUUAAACUAAUUUAAACUUCUGGUCUUUUACAAAUACUCUUAUAGUUCUUUGUUACCCAUCAAACACCCUAAAGGGUUUUGUUAUGAGUUGGUAUUGGGGUAUGACCAAAUUCCAAUCUAGAUUUUCUAACAUGUGCUGGGGUUUUUUGUUCUUUUCACUCAUUAAGAUUUCAACACCGACAACUUUAUCUGUAAAUCGGAUCUGGAGAAAACACUCAAUAAGUUGACACGAGAAGAACUGGAGGAGGAGGAAGUAACUCUUGUGUGUGAGAAGGUUAUUGAGGAGGCAGAUAUGGAUGGAGAUGGAAAACUGGCGUUUGCAGAUUUCGAGAACAUGAUUUCAAAAGCGCCGGACUUUCUCAGGUAAAUUAUUGUUCCUUAACAAUAACACGCAACACAAACAUAAUUGCUUGAAUUGACCACAGCAAAGGCCAAGUCCUAUUGAUUGUCACUUAAAAAAAAAAAAGAUUCUUAGAUUCUUGGCAAUAAGCAAUUCCACACUAUAUUUUCCGUGAUCUCAGCCAACAGAGCAUAACGUUACAAGAUAAGCAACGUCUGAAAUAUUUACGGCUGCCAUCUGCAAUCCUGAGAGAUCAGACUAGUUUUUUUUAUAUAAAAAAAAUCAUUGGUUUUCAUAGUAAAAGAGUUAUAGUUAUACAAUGAAUAUAUUGACAGUCUGAUGUUAAUUUUUCCCCUUUUCUUUUACAGUACUUUCCAUAUCAGGAUAUGA